AUGGAGGCCCUGGACGAGUUCGACCGCGAGUUCCCUCAGAGCGUGACUUUCUGCCAGCUCAUCUCUGAGGAGGACUUCGAGAGGCAGGCGACCACCUGCACGGAGCGCGCACUACGCCGCCUCUUCCGUAGCAUCGACCGCAACCCGGCGCUGGCCGAGCGGGUGGUGCGCAAGGGCAAGCAGGAUGAGUGCGAGCAGCGUGGGCUCCUCUCUUUCCUCCGGGCCAAGUUCUUCUACGCCAUCCAAGGGGAGCUGAACUACUGCAACAGCAUGGACGCCCUGGAGAUGCACCAGCGCCUGGAGCAGCUGAAGAGGAGCAUCCACCGCGUGCACCUUUAUGCCCAUGAUGCCAAAAAGAAGAGAAGGAAGCCAAAAUUGAAGAAACUGGAACAUAUCCUCUUGCGGGACCAGGCAACCUCCCCAUGCCUGCCAUCUCUGUCAUUGCCACCUCCGAUGCUGCCGCUACCUGCCACCACCAUGGCCUCUCUGGUGGCCCCAUCACCACCUGUCUACACUAUGCCCAGGGUCUUUGGCCCCUUCCCUCCACUGUCCAACAAGUCGAUGGAGAAAGUGGAAGUUUCAAGUUCCGAAGUGAAGUUAAACUGGAGCGGUCUGUCAUCAAACCCAAAGAGCCACAUGGUUGAUCUGACUCCCUUGGUCCUUAACCCUGGAGGCUUCCAUUUCUCCUACCUGUCCGGAAACAGUGCUCACAAACUCCAUUGUUCUGGCUUCCCCUGGACCUCAGCCUGCAGUGGCUCCCCCAACACUGAGGAGAUGCCAUCCCCUCCUGUGAAGGCCUCCAUCUUCACCCCACCUGUCCUACUCAAGUUCCAGCCUGUACGCAGACCCAAAGAUGACUCAGAGAACGACCCUGGCAGCUCAGACUUGGUGUCCCACCACAGGAGCCUGUAA